GCUUCUUUCUUAUUUUUGCUACCAGCCGGAUAAAAGAAUGCUGCGUCUUGCUCCCUUUCUCCUGCUACGGCCAGAGUUGUCUCCCCACGAUAUCCAUCUUUCCCCCCCCUUUUAUGCCAUUAAAGGCCCCGUUUCUCAAUCUCUUUCUUCUCCAUUCAUCAUCCAUUACCUUUCCUUUCUGUCAGAACGAAAAUCACCCAUCUAAACGAGCGGUCGUUAUCUUAUUCCCUUACUAUUGUCCAUCCUUUCCUUUCACGUCUUAUAACCUAAAAUUACACCACUCAACAGUAUCUUACUUUAAAUUUCAAGACCAUGGGUGAAAAUAGUGUUCCCGCUUGGGCGCUGGCUGUCAUAGCUGUUCUCUUGAUUUCAUUUGUACUUGUAGCGGGAUUGUAUUUCAUUCGAAAGCGGGCUCGCCGAUCUGGGGUCGUGGAUAUCGCUGAAAAGACGGAUAAGAGAACGUCGUUGGCUACGUUACGAACAUUAGUUGCGUCCAAGCACGCAGACUAUGCCAAAGAAUCCACCGUGGUCGCUUCCAACUCUAUAUCCAUAUUACCCACGGCUUCCGUUCAUUCCAUGCACAGCAAGGAAAGCAAAAAAUAUCCCAUGCCCGAUACCGACGAUAGACACCCUUACGAUAUUACAAACGAAGACAUUCCCGAGCCAGUGCGUCCCGCCCCCAUGAAAAUUUCCUUACCAUUGCCUCCACCCUCCACGUCGCUAUUUUCAGAUAAAAUGGAACUGAAUUCCGACGAAGCGAAAGAGUUGUUCGAAAUGUACAUGAAAGCCAGUCAAACGGCGCAAGAUAAGAACAAAGAUGGUCAUGUUGUGGUUGAUAUGGAUGGCAAACAGCCCUUUUAUUCCGCCAUGCAGUCUAAAGCGGCUACCAUUAAAAGCACUUUACGUCAAUCGAUCCGUCGCAAGUCACUCAAGCCACCUUCCACCGUCCCGGUGAUGCAAAUGUUUGCUUCACCCUCGGCUUCCGCCCUGAGUACAAACGAUAGACGACGCUCUAUGAGUCGACAAUCGUCCAGUGAAUCGCACCCACAAAAAUCCUCCACGUCCAGCAGAGUAGUGGCAUCGUCAUCCUCGUCUGCUAAUAUGUCCAUCGCCCAUCUUCCUUCCGCAGAUACAGGCACCAAUAAAACCAUGAUGGACGAUUCGAUCAAAGACUACGCGACCGCCCGUGAAACCAAUGUGCCAUUAUCGGUGGAAACUGAAUCCUUAUCAGUGGAAAAAGACCUUUGCUUGGCAUCGCCGGUUCGGGCCAAGGAUAGCUGUCCAAUGACAUCUGAAGAUAGACCGCUCGGUAAUGACGAUCACACCAUGGAUGCAGCACGACGGGUAAUUCGAAGUGCAUCGAGAAAAGCAAAAACACGAUCCGCCGCCAAUCCGGGGGAUUCACCGAAACCCCAUUCUCCUCAUCCAGAAAGUAUUCCGGCCAUCCCGUCUCCAACACAUCACAGUGCUAAAGUGACCGAAUCGUCUACAAGCUAUUUCUCGAGUGUUCGAAGUCGCAAUCCCCAUGUCUUCAACACCCUGACUUCUAGAACUCCCGACGAUACAGAUUAUCCCUUGCCCAAGACCGAUAUCAGCAGUACCAAGCCAAGUGCGAAAGACAUUAGUGAUUGGUGGUCGCCGGACAAUAGUUCUCACCGUGCCACAGAGAAGGUGGAUGUCGUGGAUAGCCAAAAAUCCAAAAGCGGCCAACGUGCCUUGGUUCCCAGUACCAGUCCAUCUGGUUUAGCGACAAUUUCAGGCAAGACCGCCGUAGGACUCCUGGAUGCACAAAAUCAGGAGUCACCUUUACAUAUGGAAUCCAAAAAGGCGAGUACCAUAGGCCGCGGUGCAGCUAAAUUGUCGACAAUGCAAUCCUCUGUCCGAGGGGCACAUUCACUGCGUAAUAUGUUCGAUCCUCGUGGACCAAGCGGUAGUCGAGUCCCAGCAAGAUCAGCGGGGGAACCAAAGACAGCUCGAAAGGCUCCUGACGCACUCGAUCGGCCAUCCGUGGAAAGCGUAUCUGAGGACCUCAAGCAAACCGCGGCCGAGAUUCCUUCAUCGCCCCAUAAAGAACAACCAGCGGCAUCCUCGACGACUCCUGCCAGUAAAAAGCAAUGCGGAAACAACGUAGAUACUAUUCGACGCAUGCUGCAAGCUACAUGGAAUGCGAAUAACCUCAAGGAAAGUGGAUCCAUGUCAAGCCUUGGUUCAUCCGAAGCCAGUGGUAGUUUCCGUUUAGCAGUGUCGCCUCCUGGUAGCAUCAAUCCACGGCAACUCAAUCACCAUUUGGUGUCGCUAUCGCUCAAAGCGCAACAGCAAAGCCAUCGACGACCAGCUAUGCCUGCAGGAUUUAUGGGUGGGGAUGAUUUUAUCAUCCAAGCGCCGGCGCCUACCGCCUCGUUUUCGUCCUCUACUGUUCGUACAAUGAUCCCAGCCGAAGAACAAGUCUCGGGCACGGAAGCUCUUUCUAGUGGACCCGAUGACAAGAACCCAGCCGUGCCCAGCAAUAAACAUGACCACUCGAAUAGCAGUGAACGAUUUGGUACCUUACGAUCCGAACGGCUGCGUUCCCAGAAUCAACGAGCAGGCAUGCCAUGGUCCGAUAAUGUCGGUAAAGACAACAAAACACCGGCACAACGUGAGCGAGACCAGUAUAUGCGCGCCAUGGAUACCCAAAGAAGAAAGUGGACUUAGGAUAUAAAAAAUGCCACUAUUGCACCCUAUGCAUCAUUUGAGUUAUAUCGACUGGAGCCAAGCAUUCAUCCUUAAUUUACUAGACAUUAAAAAUGAUUUUUGAUAUAAUGCUCUUCAUCUUUUGUCUCACUUUCUUCUCUUGUCAGCACAAAAAGUGUGUAAUUACCGAAACGCUGAUACAUCCAAUAUUUUAAUAUCUCGUAUUUUUAUUGAUCUAUAGCAUUGUAAGGUUGUGAAAAC